AAAGAACAGGGUUCAAGUUAGGGUUUAUCUCAAACACAAUCAAUUCUUUCCACCGAUUCAGACCAGAAAAUUCACCUGCCUUUGUAUAUUUAACCACGUACUUUCCUCUCGAUUGCUAUUUUUUUCCCCAUUGCAGAGAAUAUUUGCAUUGGGUAAAGGAAUGGAGUUUUGCCCAACUUGUGGUACUCUGUUGCAGUACGAGAGAGCUACCCCUUCUAGAUUCUUCUGCCCCGCAUGUCCCUACGUUUGUUACCUCGAAAGCAAUGUUAAAAUAAAGAGAAGGCAGCACCUGGUGAAAAAAGAAAUAGAACCCGUUUUCACUAAAGAGGAGAUGAAGGCUGGCGGGGCCGAGACCGACGCAACUUGCCCAUUUUGUGGUUAUGGAAGAGCACUUUUCAAACAAAUGCAGAUCCGGUCAGCUGAUGAGCCAGCAUCAACAAUCUAUGAGUGCUUGAAAUGUGAAAAGAUUUGGCGUGAGGAUUGAGUAGUUUCCAUGCCAUUAUUUUUUAUGAUCUUCCUGAUCCACAAUUCUAUGAGUUUCUAUAACAUUAUCUUUCCUAGUCAGUUAAGUUUCCAAUCGCAAGCUUUAUAAACCUAUUUAUUAUUUUGACAAGUUACAAUUGGAGAGGGGGGAGGGGGGAGGGGGAGUUGGGAAUUGAACAGAAGUAACAGACCUGGGCAUGAACCACUGGCCGUAACUAAAGGAGCUAAGGGGUGCCUAUACUUGUUCUUUGUAACAAUAUUAUGGGACAAUAGUAGUGGUACUGCUAAUUCUUCAUACUUAGCAGGCAUUCAAAGCACAUGUAAGAGGUGGCAGGCUUUCUGGGCUGAGGGUUGCUUCCCAAUUGUAAACCAUGCCAAUAAUAGCAGAUGCCCUGUUUUACUCCUGUCUAAAUAUUUUCAUUUCAAAUAUAUAUCAUGUAUGGUU